CUCCAACAGAUCAUAACCCAGCAGCUACGCUAUUAAGUUAAAUCAAUUCCUGCCCUCCAGCAUGGGAAGCAAUGCACCGUCACCGGUAACGGAGGAAAACCAUCUCAACGACGGCGGCAUGUCAAUGGGUGCUGUUGCGGCGAAUCCAUCACCGCCGCCGCUGCCGUACGAGGAACAUGUCUGCGAGACUUGCGGGGCCGUGUUCGCGACGGAGAGGGCGAUGUUCGGGCACCUGCGGUGCCACAAGGAUCGCGGGUGGCGUGGGGCCUACUGCCCGCCGACUUUCAGCAUGGAUGAGUUCGCCGAGUACAAGCACCUUCUCGUGAAGUCCGAGGAGGAGCAGAUGCGUGAAAUCGAGGCCGAAAAAGCCCUUGCCGCUAGUCUGGUUCUUGACCCUCAGUCGCCGGAAAGUGAUGAGGUGACGCCGCCGCCGCUGAAGAAGCAAGCCAUCUUGGACUGGGACUGGGAUUUGAAUGUGCCACCGCCGUUUGAAGAAAGUGACACCGAUGAUGAAGAGGGGGAUCCCGGCUCCGACGUUGACCUGUAUUAACCCCGAUCAAGUCUUGUUACCGAGAUCUGGUCUGGCUGUAUAAUAAUAAUAAAUUAAUUAUUAUUAUUACGGAGUAUAAUAAUAAGUCUUUUGUACUCUUAAGUGCAUGUAUUAUUACCGCUAAUCUAUAAUAAUAAUAAUAAUCUGCUUUAUUUGUUAACAAGAUCAAAAAAUGUGCAUGGUUUGAUCAAAGUAAUU